UAGGGGAGUAUAUCUUACAAGAGUGCACGUAAAGUUACAAUUAUAACGGUGACAUUCUAGGUAAUUCGAAAAUCUAAGCUGAGGCUUUUGUUUGAUCCUCUAUUUUAAGACAGAUCCAAUCCUUUGGGAAAACACACAACCGCUGAGAUUUUCUAAAUGUGUACGUCAAACGAGAGUCAUCAAUUAGUGCAGAUUACUUCAUUAGAAUAAUCGGGUGGGUGCAUAUAUACUAACCACGCGGAAGCUAUUUCGACGACCCCCAAACGUAAUGAAUAUUAUUAAUCAUUCCAAUAUUUCCGUGACUCACAGUGGAAGUUCCGGUCGUCAUCGGGGAGAAGCCCACGGCGGGUUAGUUAAUUACAUGUAUGAAGGUACCCAUUUGAUACCAUACUGCGUUCUGUGAGUUGCAAGUUGUAAGCUAUUUUUUAUAAGAAAGAAAAAGAACAAUCAAGAUAAAUCAAAAUGAAGCCUGCCAACUCCGCCAAGACAGCUCUAAUUAUCAUCGACGUUCAAAAUGGACUCCGACACCCAACACAUUGGGGCACUAGCCGCAGUACGCCUGAAUUCGAGGAGAAUGUCGCGCUUCUGCUGAACGCGGCACGGGAAUACAAUAAGAAGCUGGGUGAAGACGCGGUAGACAUUUAUCACGUCCACCAUCACAGCAUAUAUCCGAACUCGAUACUCUAUCCCGGUACUCAGGUUGAGAUAGAUGGCAAACUAGUCCAGGGGAUACAGCCGCUGUCGUUCGCACAGCCAGAACCGCAGGAGCCCGUCUUUAUCAAAGAUGUCAACUCGUCCUUCAUUGGCACCAAACUAGAAGCCCAUCUCAAAGACCAACGAGUUAGACAGCUCGUCAUAAUGGGCCUUACGACGGACCACUGUGUUAGCACAACUACACGGAUGGCCAACAAUCUAAGGGUCGUGUCCGUGACAAGCCCAACCGGCGAACUCGAUGAAGGCGAUAUCGUCCUCGUCGGCGAUGCAUGCGCCACGUUUUCGAAGGGUGGAAUUGACGCUGAAACGGUGCAUAAAGUGAGCCUUGUUACUUUAAACGGCGAGUUUGCUCAAGUUGUAAACACGCAAGACGUCCUGCGUAACGUAUUUGGAAACUAAAUUGCUAUCUACAAUUUGCUUCCUCAUCUGCCAGCCACUCGAGGGGGAGUAGAUAUAUACGCUCUCAAAAACAAGUCCAAUCAAUAACCAAUCAAUAACCAAUCCAUCAUGUAACCCGUUAGCCCUGCGCAGUCUAAUAUCUCACCAAGUUGUGGUGU